CGUUAACUAUUCAUUGCAGACGACUAUUAUCAUCAGUUGAACUGAAAAUACCAGUGUCUUUUCUUCUUUCUAAGCUAAAGGAUUCAAGUUCAAUGGCCGCUUCAAUGCCUAUCCUUCACUCAUACUUCAGGAGUACCUGUUCAUGGCGCGUUCGGACUACUCUUGCCCUGAAAGGAAUUGAUUACGAAUAUAAAGGUGUGAACCUUCUGAAGGGAGAACAGCUGUCUGAUGCCUACCUCACUGUUAAUCCAAUGGGACAGGUCCCUGCCCUAGAGAUUGAUGGUCUAUUGAUGACGCAGUCACUUCCAAUCAUAGAAUACCUAGAUGAGACCAUACCUAAUUGCAGCCUCUUUCCAAAGGACCCAAUCAAGAGAUACAUGGCACGUCAGGUAGCAGAGACCAUCAAUGCAGGGAUCCAACCAGUACAGAAUCUUAGCAUGUGCAAGUUUGUUGGGGCCGAGCGGAAGAUGGAGCUAGGAAACACAUUCAUCACCAAAGGCUUUGUGGCUCUCGAGAAGACCCUGGCGAGUACUUCGGGCAAGUACUGCAUCGGGGAUGAAGUCACCGUAGCUGAUGUCUUCCUUGUACCUCAAGUAUACAAUGCUAAUAGGUUUAAGGUCGACAUGUCGGCUUUUCCAGUCAUCUCAAAGAUCAAUGAUGUACUGGGUGAACUGGAUGCCUUCAAGGCCAGCCAUCCUUCCAAACAGCCGGACUGUCCAGAAGACCUCAGACAAUGAAGGUCUCUAGAUCACUGUAGAUAGAACUGUAAAGGCUUGUUCACAUAUGAUGCCGUAUACGACCUAUAAAAUGUUCUGCCAAAGUAAAACGACUUAGUUGUGAUGCCCGUCACGUUUUACGGUUUUUGUAUCUCAUAAUACACAGAAAAGUAAUGUAAAGGGCAGCUGCUUUUUCACCUUCAGUCGCCUUGGAAGGCAUUUCCAAUCAUGUACUUUUGAAAUGUUGUUUUGGCGGUUUAUUGCAACAUGUGUGAACAAGGCCUACAGGGAUCUCGGGACAAUGCAGGGUUAGGGUUUAAUAGACCAGUUCAUGGUUAGCACAUGUCCCAAAUGACACCGAAUAUCCACAAAUUAUCAAAACAUGAAGAGG